AUGCCACCUAGAAGGGGCAUCGUCAAGAGCGGAAACGCUGGAAAUUCCUCAAAGCCAAAAAAUACCUCGGGAGAAGCCCAGCCAGCAACCGAAGGAGUCAAGGCUUUGUUCCCUCCGGGAUACAAGUACCCUCUCAGUCUGUUAUCCGAAAGAUGUCAGAAGAACGGCUGGGAGAAGCCAAUAGUCGAUACUCCGAGGAGAGCCGAUAAAUAUCACUUCAUAGUAACUCUCUCUCGAUUGAAUAAAAAGACGUCCCAGACAGAGUCAGUCCGUAUGGAGCCUCAUCCGCCUAAGCUUAUGCCGACAGCACUAGAAGCUCGACACUGGGGUGCGACGUACGCUUUGUAUCGUUUCUGCAACAACAUCCAGCUCAAUAUGCAACUUCCUCCUGGGCCCCGUGAUUACUGGAAUGAGUUGGCAGCCGAACAUAAAACUGCGCCAGAUCACCAGAAGUGGAUGUAUGAUCCCGACCCUUUCGCCGCCAAAAAGGCUGUGGAAGAGCGACAAGCUCAGGCAGCUCAGCGAAAAGAACAGAAGAGCCAAUCCGUCUCAGAAGAGCGAAGAGGCGGGCAGGUAUCCCCUGAAUUUGCCAGUGCUCCAGAAGUCAAGAUGGCCGGGAGCCUGCGUGAGCAGGUCGAAACCUGUAUAAAGAGAGCAUUUACUGAGUACCCUGAAGUAGAGGAGCCUGCGAUUCUUCCGGAAGACGAAAAGGGCGCUUUACAGCAGCAGUUAUCUCGCCUGGGCUUCAGUGCUUCGCAAUGCCGAAACGCCAUCUCGUUCCUCUCGACCCCGUCACCAUCCGCAUCUGCGUUACUGCGCACAUCGACGUAUCUGGAGGCCGCUAUCGAGUACCUGGUCUUGAACGUGCCUGAGUGUGACUUGCCGGCAAGGUUCCUUCCGGAGAACAAUUCCUCGAACUCCUUCGUCAGGGCGGCACAUUCUGGGACUGACGACUUGAAAAGAAGGUGGAUGGAAGACAAGGCUGUGAAAGAAGCGGGCUGGCCAGCGAAGGCUGUUAAGGACUGCAUGGCUUCUUCAGAGUCUCCUCCAGAUUGGGAAGAGCUCAUCAGACGACUCAAUCAAAGGCUUACUGGCGACUUUUGGGAUUCAACCGUACCCAACGCGGAGAACUCUCGACCGGUGGAUCUGGAGGAACUGGAUUCCAUUGACGCCCGCUACGUUAAUGACUCUGAGAUUGUCAUAUCCUUAUUCACGUCACCACUCAAGCUUCAUGCCAUUCACUCGCGCGGAGCACCUUACCCGACUAGCGCAAGCCCUCCACCAAUGUAUAUCACUUGUAGCACCGUCGCUGCUUACAUCAGACUGCACCUGCUCGCGGAGCUGCUCCGAGUCUUCAGAUCUGACACCUUGAUACAGCCUGGAGAGGGAUUCUUCACUGCCACGCUCAGAUUUCUGGAGGAGGGAUGGGCUAGUAUAGAAGACCACGGCCCGCCUGACAUGUCUAGUGUCCUGAGGCACCUAUUAUUCCAAUCCCCGCCCUUGAUUCAACAGUCUUCCGACCACCAUGUGGAUGAAGGAGGCAAGGCUGAAAGCGCACGUACGCCAAGACACAAAAGAGCAGCUGGCAGAAGAGACACCCGGACGAAUUCGCAGAUUAAAGAAGAAUAUGAAGCCCUGCGACGCACCGAUAAAUACAGUACUGUACAGGCUUCACGCUCGAAAUUACCGGCGUUCAAGUCGCAAGAUGAAUUCGUCCGACUUGUGCAAGCGAAUCGUGUCGUGGUGGUGGUCGGAGAGACAGGCAGUGGCAAGACUACACAACUUCCCCAGUUCAUCCUCGACUCCUUGAUACUCGGCGACCGUGGCGCAAGUGCAUCCAUUUUGGUAACCCAGCCACGACGAAUCUCUGCCAUCUCCGUUGCGGCCCGUGUCUCUGCUGAGCGCUUGGAUGACGGCUCAGUAGGAUAUGCGAUUCGAGGCGAGAGUAAGCAAAGUGCCCGCACCAAGAUAUUGUUCUGCACGACUGGUGUGGUCCUUCGCCGGCUAAGUGGUGGUGAUAACCUGCAGGGCGUUUCACACAUUAUUGUCGAUGAGGUCCACGAGCGUUCAGUAGACGGAGACUUUUUACUCCUAGAGCUCAAGGAGAUACUAGAAAGUAAUCCGAACCUGAAGGUGAUCCUAAUGUCUGCCACGAUUAACCAUGAGACGUUCGUGCGGUACUUUAAUGGCGCGCCUUUACUCAGCAUACCAGGCUUCACGCAUCCCGUGACUGAUUUGUAUCUGGAGGAUAUUGUACCUCGAGUCGACUACAGACCCACUCCACCGAAGCUUGGUAAGAAGGAGAAGGAAGACGCGAGGCGUCCUUUCCAGGAGAAACUCAGAGCACAGGACCUGGACGACCAGAGUGUUGCAGCGAUUGACUCAAUAUCGCGCUCAGGCAGGAUAGAUUAUCAGUUAAUUGCUCAUACCGUGAAACAUAUCAUGGCGACCGCUUCUAAACGAGCCGGUAUGUUAAUUUUCCUGCCUGGUGUACAGGAAAUACGCCAGUGUAUGGAGGCAGUGGGCUCUGUGGCAACAAGAGUAGACGCGGACAUUCUGCCGCUACACGCCAACCUGUCGAGCGAAGAACAGCGUAGAGUUUUUCUUCCAACAUCAAAAUGGAAGAUUGUGGUAGCAACGAAUGUAGCUGAGACGUCGAUCACCAUCGACGACAUCGUCUAUGUGAUCGACGCUGGCAAAGUCAAAGAGACCGAAUACGACCAUGACAGUGGGCUGACGAAACUGGUGGAAAAGUGGGUCACUCGUGCUGCAGCUAGGCAGAGGCGAGGCAGAGCCGGAAGGACUCAGCCCGGUUUCUGUUACAAGCUGUACACCAGGGACCACGAGCGGACGCUGCUCGAGUUCCCAGUUCCUGAGAUUCUGCGGGUACCCCUGGAGCAGUUAUGCCUGACAGUAAAGGCCAUGCGAGAGGAGGAGGACGUGAAGCGAUUCCUUACACGAGCCAUCGAUCCGCCUGCCAUAGCGGCUUUGGAUAAUGCUUGGUCGGUGUUAGAGGACUUGGAAGCCAUAGACGAAAAUGGCAGGCUGACGGCCUUGGGUCGGCAUAUGUCGAUGCUGCCCGUUGACCUACGGCUUGCGAAGAUGUUAAUCCUGGGGACGAUCUUCCAAUGUCUCGGGCCAGUCCUCGACGUGGCCGCCUGCCUGUCGUGCAAACCGCUGUUCCUUAACCCAAUGGAUAAGCGCGAAGAAGCCACCCAAGCGAGAAUUCGCUUUGCGACCGGCAACAGCGACCUCCUGACGGACGUGCACGCAUACAACGAAUGCGCGCGCCUCCGCUCGGAAGGCAAAUCUGCCGGUGCUAUCAAAGCCUUCUGCGACGAGAACUUCAUCUCCCCCGCGACAAUUCGCGAGAUCACCACCCUCCGGCAAGACUUCCUCUCUGCGCUCUCCGAAAUUGGCUUCAUCCCCUUCCGCGCCACGCCCUCCGACGCCCAGCUAAACACGCACAGCAGCAACGAGAACCUCGUCAAAGCCUGCAUCCUCGGCGGGCUCUGGCCGCGCGUCGCGCGCGUGCACCUCCCGCGGUCGGCGAUCAAGUUCGACCGCGUGCAGGCGGGGACGGUGCAGCGCGAGAACGUGGCGAAGGAGUACAAGAUGUACGAUCUGAGGGAGGGAAGGGUGUUCCUCCACCCCGGGUCGGUGCUGUUUGGCGCGACGGCGUGGCGCAGCCCGUUCCUGGCGUAUUUCCAGAAGAGCAUGACGACGAAGAUGUUUUUGAGGGAUGCGACGGAGGUCCCUUUGUAUGCGUUGCUAUUAUUCGGUGGUCGCCUUUCGGUGAACCACGUCGGCGGCGGGCUGACGAUCGCGAGCAAAGACGCCUUUAUCAAGCUGCGCGCGUGGCCCCGCAUAGGUGUGCUAGUCAACCAGCUCCGCCGUCUGCUGGACGCCCAGCUGCAGCGGUGCAUGGAAGAAGGGACGACGCUGAGCUCAAAGCGCGACAGCCCGAUCAUCCAAGCCAUCUCGGCUUUGCUGGCCGGCGACGGACUCACCAACAAUCUGUAACAACCACUUCACAAUGGAUGUCUUUCUCCCAAGGACGAUCCAUAAUUCCGUCGUGAGAUACAUAAAAUACAUCAUGACUCUUCGUGCCCACUCUGGUUGUGGUACGUCACUUGAACUAUAAUACAGCGUAUCCAAUUACCGAGACUCUACUGUGGUAUUACCGAGAUGCGGGUUGUAUGUAUGUGUAUAUGCGCGGGCGUUGUGGAUUCUGAGCAUAAAGUCAGAAUAGAGCCCGACCGACCUACAAUAAUAAAUUACACGUCUCUUGUCAUGACGCCGGGAUGCUUUGCUUGCCAGCGGACGAAGGGACGAAUUUCGCGAAUAGCGAGCUUGAUUUGCUACGCCGCGAGGCAGACGAAGACACAGACACCCUGGUCGUAUCCGAGUCCGCGGACACCGUGCUCGCCGACACCGAGUCCUUGUCCGUCUGGUCGCACCCGGAGGGAGGGGUAGAAAAGAUGCUCGCGACCCUCCUCCCCAGCGCCCCGCGCUUCCGUGAGAGCGCCGACGCGCGGCGCUCGCGCAGCUUGAACGGGUUCUCGAAGCCGGAGUAAUACAGCUCGCCGCUGUCCGCGCUCACGCGCUUCAUCUUCCCCACGCGCUCGCUCGCGACGAGCGACUGCGCGCGCCGCGGCGGGCGCACGUCUUCCCUCG